AUGAGUGGAACAGAGGAAGCUCCAGCUGUCGAUCCAGCAUGGAUUCCUCUAUACAAACCCGUCUCAGAGGCCGAGCCUACUCCUAUAGAUAUCGAAGCUUCCCGCAAACUUGUCGAAUUCCUAGAUUCUGCAGGUGCGAUAGCAGAUGCCGAAGCAAUGAAGCACCGCCAGGCUGUUUUUGAGACAGUCAGCAAAAUUGUUGAUCAGUUUAUAGAAAAAGUCCGCGUAAACAAGAAAAUGGAGCCACCGGAGGGCGAAGUAUAUAAAGGAAAAUUAUUUUACAGUGGAUCCUACAAACUAGGUGUAUGUUCACCUAAGUCAGAUAUCGAUUGCGUAAUUCUUGCACCUCAAUUUGUCCAGAAAGAAGAAUUCUUUUCGAUUUUCUAUGAAUUAUUGGCAGCUGAUACUAAAGUAAAAGGACUAAUAAAGGUUGAAGAAGCCUAUGUACCAAUUAUAAAGCUCACUUAUGAUGAUAUCGAGUUUGAUAUAUCUUUUGCUGCCUUAGGAUUAAACAACAUUACAGAUGAUAUAGAUUUAUCACCAGAUUCUGUAUUGGAAAACCUGAGCAAAUUAUCUGUGAGAGCCCUCAAUAGUCUUCGUGUUAAUAAUAUGGUGAUUAAACUAGUUCCUAAUCUAGAUAAUUUCAAAACUUUACUAAAGUUUGUUAGAUAUUGGGCUUUUAAGCGAGGAUUAUACGGAAAUGUCUACGGAUACUUUGGUGGCGUUAAUCUUGCCAUUCUUUCCGCUUUUGUUUGUCAAAGAUAUCCAACAGCUUCUCCAGCUAUGCUUGCCCUCUACUUUUUCUCCGAAAUUUCGCAGUGGACAUGGCCAACGCCAAUAUAUAUCAACCGUCCUAAUUAUGGUGAGUUACUUUCUUGGGAUCCAACUACGGAAUCCGACCAUAACGACGUAAUGCCAAUCAUUACACCAGCGUAUCCAUCAACAAACAGCCAAAGAAGCGCAACAACGUCAUCGCGAAACAGAAUUAUCCAAGAGAUGGUGAAAGCUCUUCAAAUAAUGCCGAAUAUCAUUACAGGAGACCUUCCAUGGUCAGCGGUUUGCGAAGACCAUGAGUUCUUCGAGUCGUACAAGAACUACAUUGAGAUAGAUAUUCGCGCAGAAGGCUUGGCAGAUUAUAAUUGGUGGAAAGGCACAGUUAUCUCAAAAGUUAAGAGGCUAAUUACAUCGCUUGAAGCUAUAGAGCGUGUUAAGUGCGCUCCUAUCUUCCCUUCUUCUUUUGAUCGUGAAAAUAACAAUAAAUACCAAGGUUCAAUUUUCAUCGGUUUGGAGACAGAAAAGACAAAAGAUGAUGAGGGAAAGAAGGUCAACCCAAGCGCUGCAAUUAAAAAGUAUCUGGAAGAGAUUUACAAAUUAACAAACAGACCUCUGUCAACAAAGAUAGAAAAUCCACAGGUAAUCAACAGAAAGAAGAUCCCUGACUUCUGUUUUCCAAAUGGAAGAAAGAAGAAGCCAAGUAAAAAGCAUUUGAAAAAGAAAUCUUCUUCUUCUGAGAAAAAGGGAAAAUGA